AAUAAACUCGAGCAAAGAACCCUUGACCACUCUCUAUUAAACAUCAAGGAGAAGAUGAUAGCUAGACAAAAUCACCUACGCAAGGCAUGCUCUCUACUGGGCAUGCGCCAACUCAAUCCCAAGGACCCGGAUGAUUUGAAUGACGUCAUCGCACACAGAGGGAAUCUUGACACGCUGUUUUGGAAUGAUAAAUUUAAAUUUAUAACAUCAGUGAUUUUCAAGUGUGGCUCGGAUAACUGGAGGAAAUUCUUGGAGGCACUGGCGACCGAGCAAGGCAGUACGGUCAGAAACUUUACAUCCAAACUACAGAAUGUUCACUCGAAGCCUACACUGCCAUUAUCCCGUCUGUCACGAUCACCUGAGAAAAUCCGGUAUCGACUCACCAACUAUUUGAAAAUUGUGACGGUUCGCCAUCCUCUUAUCCGUUUCAUAUCAUGCUAUCGCGAUAAAUUCAUCGAACACACGGAUAGAUAUCGCAAGGAUAUUCCGAAGCUGAUUGUCGAUUCACGCAACGACGACGCGCGUGUAUUGGAAGCGCGUGCACCGGGUGCGAACGCUAGUGAUGAAAUGAAGCGCGUGACUUUCUCUGAUUUCGCGGACUUUGUGACGCGAAACUCAACUCCAGCUUAUGAUGAAAGCGAUCCCCAUUGGACUCCGCAGCACGUACGCAGCCGACCUUGCCAGCACAAUUAUGACAUCAUCGUUAAAUUAGAAACUUCAGACGAGGAUAUGGAUUUUAUCAAAGCAGUUAUAGGCGUCGAUGAUAAAUUGAUUUUUGGAUCAGAGUAUAAAGAUCGCCAUAAAGUUAGCCAUAACGAAACUUUGUUAGUUUCAUAUUAUCAACAGCUGAGUGAAGAAGUAUUUCAAAUGGUAUGCGAUUAUUAUCGCCUGGAUUUCGAACUGUACGGAUAUUACCGCCCGAAAAACUUGGCCGACGUCGCAAGAGUUUUUGACGAUUUCUUUUGA